GCUAUGUCUUCCACCUGCAGCGGUGUCUUGUUUGGAUGCUGAGGAGGCUGGCGGUCGGAGAUGGCCCAGGGGUCUGAGUCCGCUAACGUUCAUUCCGAAUUGAACGCAAAGCUGAAGAAGAAGAGGAAGGUAGCUGUUGUCACCGGCAUCACCGGACAGGAUGGCUCCUACCUUGCUGAGUUCCUGCUUGCUAAAGGUUACGAGGUUCAUGGUGUUUUGCGCCGUUCCAGCUCCUUCAACACUGGUCGCAUUGAUCAUCUUUACCAGAACCCCCAGACACACACCGAGGGCAACAUGAAGCUGCAUUAUGGCGACCUGACCGACAGCACGUGUCUGGUGAAGAUCAUCAACGAGGUGAAGCCCACAGAGAUCUACAACCUGGGCGCUCAGAGUCACGUCAAGAUCUCCUUUGACUUGGCUGAGUACACUGCUAACGUGGAUGGUGUGGGUACACUGCGUCUCUUGGACGCCAUAAAGACGUGCGGUCUGACCAACAGUGUAAAAUUCUACCAGGCCUCCACUAGUGAGCUGUACGGCAAAGUCCUGGAGAUCCCUCAGAAGGAAACCACACCCUUCUACCCUCGCUCACCUUAUGGUGCUGCUAAGCUUUAUGCCUACUGGAUUGUGGUGAACUUCAAAGAGGCUUAUAACAUGUUCGCUGUCAAUGGGAUCCUCUUUAACCACGAGAGCCCGAGGAGAGGUUCAAACUUUGUGACGCGUAAGAUCAGCCGUUCUGUGGCAAAGAUUCACCUGGGCCAACUGGAGAGUUUCAGCCUGGGCAACCUGGACUCCAAGAGGGACUGGGGUCACGCCAAAGACUACGUGGAGGCCAUGUGGCUGAUGCUGCAACAGGAGGAGCCUGAGGAUUUUGUCAUAGCGACUGGGGAGGUGCACAGCGUGAGGGAGUUUGUGGAGAAGGCCUUCAAUCAUGUGGGCAAAACCAUAGUGUGGGAGGGGAAAGAUGAGAAGGAGGUUGGCCGCUGCCAGGAGACAGGGGUGGUACAUGUGAAGGUGGACCAAAAAUACUUCCGUCCGACUGAAGUGGACUACCUACAAGGGGACAGCACCAAAGCUUAUCAGAGGCUGGGUUGGAAACCGAAGGUGACGUUUGAGGCGCUGGUGAAGGAGAUGGUGGACGCAGACAUCGAGCUCAUGAGGAAAAACCCAAACGCCUGAGGCCGAAUCAGUCCGAGCAGGACGCAGAGAGUUCAGCUCCAGUGUUCUGCCUCUGAGACCAACAGUGCAAGGAACAUGUAUUUUUUUACCUUUGUGACUUUUCCAAAUCAAGUGAUUGUGUCCUUUCUUAUCUUAGAUUAAUUAAACCAUCCAUUGCCUUUGUUGGGGUUUUUUUCUAGUAAUAUUUUAUUGAUUUAAUUGUAUUAUUGCAAAUGCGAUAACACUGCUUAUAUCAUAAUCUAUAGAAAUGGAUUUAAGGGAUUUUUUUGGUGGACGGAAGUAAUUUCAAAGGCAUGGUUGAGAUUAAUUCUUUCACGGGGUGAUAUGGAAGAAUCUAUAAAGCAGCAGAAGAAUAAAGAUUUUACCUUUUGACAGGAACAUAGGAAUUAAUUAUCUCAUAUUUAUUAAUGACUGGGAUUUAAAUCAACAAAUGAAUCAUGUGGUACAAUAAAGACUGGUGUUUUACAUGUGCUGUUCUUUUUCAU